AUGUUCCCCUCGAUGGUCGGCGCUGUGGACAUCUUCCGCUCGAACGACCCGUUGCCAAUGCAAGCUGCGCAACUGACGUUGAUAUGGAAAACUCCAGGAAGGAUCCUAAAUCCUCUGGCUGAACCCUUGACGAUGCAAGUAGGCUUGGGCUCUAGUGCUAUCAAUCUCAAUAAUAUUGUUAUCGAAGGAAGCUUCAAACCAGUGAGCACGAACAUCGCAGGAACUGUCAAUCAAGGCGAUAUAGCUUUGGUAUCAUGCGACUCCAACAACUCUUCCUCCAUGACUCAAGACGCCGUGGUCGGCUCAAUUAUCCCUAAUAACCCCGCUGCCAUCGUUCUAUACAGCCUCGCUUCCGCUCAUGGCGAAGUUAAGGACAUCGGCCCAUACAUACACCGCGUUGAUCUUCAGCCUGUGGGCAGCAACACCGACGAGACCCCCUCUCCAACAGACGCGGAAGCGGAUGAGACGUCAGCUGUACGGGGUGGUGAAAAUGCCCACUACUCCCGCGUACAGCGGAUCCUAGCUACGCGCCACGCGCCUAUCCACGAACGCAAGGCGAUUCUGAGGCAGCUAGCCAGCGAAUUUGACCAACAGCGACAGACAGAGCCUAGCUCCACUACAGCAGCCGACGAGGGACCAAGAAAUCAGCAUAGUUUGGCGACAAGGAUCUUCUCUAGUCGCACAAGGCGCAGCAGAAACGCGCCGGAGGUAUCAUCGGCAGUAGCCCCGGCCACUACGACUCCAACCGCCGGCAAGGCCUCGACGAGCCCUACAGCACCAGCUACCAAUACGGCAACCGAAGAGGCUUCGCCAAGACCGUGA